CUGUAAAAACAAUAGGUGGCAGUAAUGCGCUAAGAGGAGAGCUGUACGACAAAUCUCCCGGAAACCGAAGAAGAAGAUGUAAAGUUGACCUUCCGUGUUUCCUCUUCAUACAAGCAUGGCAGGACGGGCGCUGACCAAAGGUUUUCUGUGGCUGCGACAGCUGCGGACUGCUACAGUCGGCUACUCAUGUGGAGCACAUCAUUAUUCCACAGCAGCGUCUGCUGAGCCACUUCAGCCCCCGAACGAAGAUGUUACAGAAAAGAUACUGAAUCUACCACUUGAGAACCCCGAUUUCUUUCGUGUGUCUGAGCUGUUCUCUUUAAAAGACUUGUUCAACGCCAGGGUACAUCUGGGCCAUAAAAAGGGCUGCAGGCACAGGCUCAUGGAGCCGUACCUUUAUGGAUGUCGAUUAGACCAGGACAUAAUUGACUUGGACCAGACCGUAGAGCACCUUCAGCUGGCUCUUAAUUUCACUGCCCACAUUGCCUAUCGUGGUGGCAUUAUAUUGUUUGUCAGCCGCCGGCGUCAGUUCGGUCACCUGGUGGAGAGCACUGCCAUGAAAUGUGGGGAAUACGCCCAUACACGAUACUGGCAGGGGGGUCUCCUUACGAAUGCUCCUGUCCAGUACGGCCCCAAUGUUCGCCUUCCAGACCUCCUCAUCUUCUUGUCUACUCUCAAUAAUGUGUUUCAACAACACGUGGGAAUCAGAGAUGCAGCAAAAAUGAAUAUUCCCACAGUAGGUGUGGUGGACUCGAACUGUAACCCCAGUCUGAUAACAUACCCUAUACCUGGGAAUGAUGACACCCCAGUUUCCGUGGAGCUGUACUGUCGUUUGUUUCAGAUGACCAUCAGACGUGCCAAAGAUAAAAGGAGACAGAUGGAGCUUCUUCACGGCCUGUCGAAACCCACCCCGGAAAGCUCAUGACAUUAUUCGUUCUUGAGAAUGAGACAUUAAAUACAGUAUGUUAUCAAAAAAGUUUGCUAAUGUCUGCUUCUCUUCAUCGUGCAUACACUCAAAAAUAAUAUAGAAUAAGAGCUUCAGUUAAUUGUAUUAACUGUAUUCAGUUAAUCAGGAAUUCUGUCUUCAAGCUAGUGUUUACCAACCUAUUUUAAGCCACAGCACAUAUUUGACAUUUGUGAAAAAAUCCCAACCAAUCUUUCACAAUUUAUUUACUCAUUGUCCAACCUAGGCCUGUUUAGUUAAAAUCAAUGCUGAUAUGCGUGCAGGAAUUGGAGAAAGCAAACGAUCAUCAACAGCUGAGUUGCUGCCUUUUUUCAUAUAGUUUUUAUAGCAUUUGGCUGCCACCUAGUGGGAGAGUGUUUAGUUCUGCCUCUCACAUAAGGUAAAUAUAUAACUUAUUUGCAGUAAAUUAGAAUUGAAAAUUAAAAAGACUUUUCAGACCAAUUAAGUGAAAUGAAAUGAUUUUUCACAUUAUUUCCCAACUCCGUUUCACAGUGGUUGGAAACUGCUUCAAGACAUUGUCUUCUUUAUGGUAACGUUGUUGUACAUACUUUUGUACGUAGUUUAUUGACAUGAUGAUGUUUGUUUCUGAUGUAUAUUAGCAGUUUGCUGUUAGGCCAGCCAUACUUAUUAAUUAUUUGCUGUUAUUUCUGUUGAUAAUACAGAACACCUUUGUAAAAUGUUGCUGCUGUAUAAACACUUCUACACAGGCUAAGAACCACGACAUGGAACAGAAAUCUGUUUAACUGUAAACCCUACUUUUUUUGUCUUGUCGUGUGAAAGAAAACCAAGCAACAUCUAAUAUAGAUUAUAUAAAAGAAAAACACACAUAAGCAAACAUUAAAUUUGACUGGAUUCUCA